UCGAUCGCGUUCGGCUUCACCUUGACGAGUAAUGGCCGCUGCGAGCUCCUUUCUCUCUCUGUUCCCCAGAUCGAGCCCUCCUUCCGAAUUGCCAGCCCGUUUCUCGUCUCAUCUGCAGAGGAAGCUUUCCUUGAUCCCUCGCGCGGCGAUUCCCUCCUCGAACCCCUCGUCGCCGGUGACGGUGGAGCCUCUUCCCCAGAUCGAGCUCGAGUUUUUCGGACCAAAACCCAGGCCCGAUGGAGCAUACCCAGUCGAGAGGGCGACCGCGAUCAGUGGAGAGAAGCUUCUCCGCAACAUUAUGCUCGACAAUAAGAUCGAGCUCUACGCCGCCUAUGGGAAGGUGAUGAACUGCGGAGGCGGUGGGAGCUGCGGUACUUGCAUUGUGGAGAUUCUUGAUGGCGAGGAGCUUCUUAAUGAGAGAACAAACACUGAAAAGCGAUAUCUGAAGAAUAAACCUGAAUCUUGGAGGCUCGCCUGUCAAACUAUUGUUGGGAACAAGGAGAACUCGGGCAAGGGAUUGUGGAUGUCCUAAGAGCAUCCAUCAUCAUUGUUGGAGCUUUUAGAAAAAGAUAGAUUUGUUAUCUUAGUAGCUUUCUUAGUAUUGGUCCCAUGAAUAUGGAGGGAAGUAAAUACAGAUAUAUAGGUUAUAGGUGUAUGGUGGGAUAAAUUUCAUAUCGUUAGUUCCUGAGAAUUGAUCUUUGGUUAUUAUGUCAAAGAGAUCAUGUGCCUAUUGUUUGUACUGUCUACUGUUUGUACUACGUCCUGAGGAUAUCAUUAGAACAUCCGUCCAUUUUAUAUGUAAUAAGUGAUGGAGUUUCUUACCUGGUCAGAGAGGGAGCUCUUCAUUUAUGAUAAAAAGUUGCUCUCCUUCUUAGUUUUUUUUAAAAUAAUUUUUUAAUAUUUUUAAGUUUAACUUUUUUUAAAGAAAUAAAAAUAAUAAAAUAUUAAAAAUAAUAAUUUAUAAGAAAAUAUGAGACUUACCAAGAAGUUGAAGUGAUGGUAAGUUUUUUUUAUUAUCGUAGACAGAUAGAUAAGGUUUUUUAUUUUUAAUGCGGUAUUGAUAUGAUAUCGAAAGAGCUCUUGGAGAGUUGUGACGCAUGUAUUUAUUAUGGAAAAAUCUCUAAAUAUUUUCUUCAUGGUCUCCAUGUUGCCACGUUGAGUUCCCACUGCCUUAAUAUUCAUUUCGUUCCAAGCUAAGCAAUCACAUAAGAUUAAAAAAAAAGCUUAAUUGGGUUUUGCAAAUUAUAAUAAUAUUUGAGUCGAAUCCGGAUUUUGAUUGGCAAGUCGUAAACCAAACCACACUGAAAAAUCGAAAUUAUCUACUUUAAAUAAUAAGGUGUAUAUUUGCAAUUUGAAAUCUGUUGUGACUAAAUUAAUAUUCAUGAUUUUAUGCGUUAAAAAUAAAAAAACAAUUCAGUUUAGUGAUGAUUUUUGAAAUCGCGGUUUGAAAUAAUGUAAAAUAUGAUGUUGGAGACAGAUUUUACUUCAAAUUAUACUUCGUUAAAAUUCUUUAAAAAUGUGAUGUUAAUUUUUUUCGAUUUAUAAAUUGUCAUUUGAUUUAACUUGGUAGGCCGCAUAGGGGAAACCAUACGUAAGUGAAUUUCUGGCCUUUUUUAUUCUUUGGAGAGCUUAUGCUCGAUGAUUCUGACCUAAUUCGUCUAACGUUCAUUAGUUUUUGCGUUCAGGUUGCUGUUCAAAGAAUUCCCCAGAG